AUGGAAUCAACCAGCAAAGAGAUUAUUCUGAUAACUGGUAUUACAGGCUUUAUUGGGUCAUGGAUAGGAAAAGUAUUUUCUGAGAAUGCACUUGGAGAAUUCAGAAUUAGAGCAUCAGUCAGGUCAAUCAAAAAAACUGAGGUGCUAAGAAAGGAAUAUGGGGAUGAGCUAUUCAACCAGUUAGAAUUUGUGGAAGCUGAUCUAAACAACAAAGAGUCUCUGUUCAAAGCUGUUGAAGGAGUGAAGUACAUAAUACACGUUGCAAGUCCGAUUCCGGGAGCCAUUAACGUCUCAGGCGAGGAAAUGCUUAGAGGAGCUAGAGAUGGUAUGAAUACCAUUAUUGAAGCAGCUCUUCAAAACAAAGUCAAGAGAAUCGUCAUCACUUCUAGCUUUUCAACUAUCCUAGGUGAUCACUGGAGAAGAAGUGAAAGAGACCAUAUUUACACUGAAGAAGAUUUUGCACCAAUGACAACUCCAGAUGGAUAUGCAAGAAGCAAAAUAACCUAAGAAACCAUUGCUAGAGAAUUCUUGAAAAACUAGAAACCAGGGGAAGAUGGAUACAUGCUGGAGAUGCUAACCAUUCAUCCAACGUUUGUAAUCGGUCCAACUCUUAUUCCUGAAAGAAACAGUACUGUUGAGGCUAUUGCUAAGAUAGUAAAUAGAUAGAUACCUGGGAUUCCCAACUUCUAGCAUCCCUUUGUCGACGUCAGAGAUGUAGCGAUGGCUCACUACCUUGCUUUUAAAACACCUGGCAUUUCUGGCGGAAGAUUUAUCAUUGAUAUGGCUCCUAUAAACAUGCAGGAAGUAGCUGAUAUUUUGCAUAAUGAGCUGAGAUAGUACGGAUACAGAUGCUAAAAUAGGAGAAUUGGCUAUUGUCCCAUUAAGAUUGCUUCUUGGUUUGAUCCCCAGGUUAAGAUAAUUCUGCCUUGGAUCAAUGGAAAUAUUAGAUCAACUAAUUAGAAGUCAAUUGAUAUUCUUGGUAUGUAAUAUACCAGAGAUUUGAAACAAACAGUGAUUGACACUGGAUAUUCAUUAAUUGACAAGGGACUUGUUCCUGACAAGAGAAAGAAAUGA